AUGAUGUUCUCUACCCUUGCUGUUGCCCUCCUCGCAAGCUCUGCUGCUGUCUCUGAAGCUGCUGCCGCUAUUGGCCUUCGUGGUCAAGCCAACACCGCUUCUGUCCCAACCCUUCCGAAUGGAAUCUCCUGUCGCUUCUGUCCUGACGAUGACAACUACAAGUAUCCUCUUGACGACGACUGGACUCAUUGGCACCGUGGCCUUGAUGAGAAGGCCAACUCUCGUGCCAAUACCGAGCGUGAGCUCACCAGCACUGAUAAGCUCAAGGCUACUGCCAAGGUUGCUCAUUACGAAGCCCACUUUCUGGAGCAUGCUGCUUCCAAGCAAUCCAAGGACGAGCACAAGCGUGCUCUCCAAGCUGCCGCUGUGGAAGCCGACAAGGAAGCCUCCAUGUUGGUCGAUGCUGUCAACGGUGGGGAUGCCGAUGCCCAUGACCGUAUCUUGAAGGAAAAGAUGCUCCCCAACGACAUUUCUUGCCGUUUCUGUCCUGAUGAUGACAAUUACAAGUACCCACUUGACGACGACUGGACCCACUGGCACCGUAACCUUGAUGCCAAGGCCGACUCUCAAGCCGCUGAUGCCGAGCGUGAGCUCACCAGCACUGACAAGCUCAAGGCUACCGCCAAGGCCGCUCACUACGAAGCCCACUUCCUCCAACACGCUGCCUCCAAGCAAGCCAAGGACGAGCACAAGCGCGCUCUUCAAGAUGCUGCUGUGGAAGCCAACAAGGAAGCCUCCAUGUUGAUCGAUGCCGUCAAGAGUGGCGACGUCAAUGCCCACGAUCGCAUCUUGAAGGAGAAAUUGCUCCCCAACGACAUUUCUUGCCGUUUCUGUCCUGAUGAUGACAACUACAAGUACCCACUUGAUGAUGAUUGGACUCAUUGGCACCGUGAUCUGAAGGAUGUUGUCGAGUCUGCCCCUGUGGAAGCUGACGAAGGGCGCAAGAUGAAGGAGGUCAAACUUCCCAAUGGUAUUUCUUGCCGCUUCUGUCCAGAUGAUGACAACUACAAGUAUCCUCUUGAUGAUGACUGGACUCACUGGCAUUGA